GUCAGUUUGUUGGGCUCGUGUCGACAGAUCUGCGUUCAUGUACAAUGGGCUUCAGCGUGCUCGUGUCCGCGUGCGCGUGUGUUUGUGUGUGUGUUUAUGUGUCUGCUGCACCGCUGGGAGACGAGGCUGAAAACGACAGACCUAUCAUCGGGAUUUUGACGCAAGAAGUGGACAGUGAGGUUAUGAGAAAGUUCGGGAACACAUACAUCCCUUCAUCAUAUGUGAAGUACAUCGAAUCCGCUGGAGCUAGAGUUGUGCCAAUUAGGCUAAACCAGAGUUUUGCAGAACAUGAAAAGCUCUUCAAGUCAAUAAAUGGUCUUUUUCUCAUCGGAGGUGCAGUGAAUCUGGAGACGUCUGACUUCGCUCGCACCGCUGGCUUUUACUUCAGACUUGCGCUUAAGGCGAAUGAUCAAGGCGACUACUUUCCCAUCUGGGGAACAUGUCUGGGGUUUCAGCUGCUCACUGUGCUGGUGGCUGGAGAAAACCUGCUGAGUAAAACCACUGCAGAGAACGUCACAUAUCCACUCAACUUCAGCUCAGAGGCUCUGUCCAGCCGGAUGUUUAGCAGCUUUCCAUCUGAGCUCCGCAGAGCCCUGUCUGAGGAACCGCUCACUGCAAACUUCCACCAUUACGGAGUGACUAAAGAAGCUUUCAUGAAUAAUGAGAAACUCACUGGCUUAUUCUCAGUCAUCUCCACAAACAUCGCACAAAAUGGCGCUGAGUUUGUUUCAACCAUAGAAGGCAGAAAAUAUCCUUUCUACGGUGUUCAGUGGCAUCCAGAAGUGAACCGCUUUCAGUGGAACCCGCAUUACAGCUUCCCUCACUCCAGCAAUGCUGUUCACGUGUCUUCAUUACUGGCUCAAUUCUUUGUAAAUGAGGGGAGGAGAAGCACUCAUCGGUUCAGUGACGCAGCAGAAGAAAGCGCCGUGCUCAUUUACAACUGCAAUCCUGUUUAUGUGGAGAAAAUCUCUGCAUAUGAACAGUCCUAUUUCUUUUAAAGACACAAGAGUUUUGCACAACACAUGUAGCCUGUAAUAAUGACAGACAGACCUCAUAUUUAAAGUGACGUACGGUUCACUCUAAAGAACUAAAAUUGAGGCAAUAAAAGGAAAAAGUAAAUGGAUGUUUUUUUUCCCAGCAUUAUUUAGAAUUAAGUUUGGAACAAGUGAGGAAUGAGGACAUUAUGACAGGACUUUUAUUUUUGGGUGAACUGUCCCUUUAAGAACAUAAUCCAGCUAUGUUUUCAGAAUGUUGUGGCAAGGUUAUGAACAGUUUUUUCUUUUAGUAAUCAUAAAAAACUGUAUUCUGUCAGUGUUAUCUAGUCUUACUAAUCAUUUGUAACAGUAAUCAGUCUCAAAAGUUGUUGUUAGUUUUGUUAUUAAAACUAUUAUGUUUACAAAAA